AUCAAAUAAAUCGAAUGAUAUAUUACCAAUUACAUUAAUCCUACAUAAGCCAAUUAAUUUUUGUUUACGAAUUCUUUUGGAUCCAAAAAUUGGUCUUGGUGAAGCUUAUAUGUUCGAGAAUUGGGAUACACAAUUACGAAUACAGGAUUUUUUGGCAUUACUUAUUCGCGCUAAAACGUUACAAUUAAUUAAUACUAUAAGUUAUAAUAAUGGAAUGAAAAAAUCGGAGCAAAUUAUAUCAUUUAUUAAUUUCAUACAACAUUACUAUCAUACAAAUUCAUUAUACGGUAGUGCACGAAAUAUUCAUAAACAUUAUGAUCUUGGCAAUGAUAUGUUUAGCUUAUUUCUUGACCCAUCGAUGACCUAUUCAUGCGCAAUCUUUCAAGCAAUUCCAUCUCAUACAAUCAUCAAUUCUGACAAUAAAUUGCUUGAAGAAGCUCAAAAUGAGAAAAUAUGA